CUAGAGUGUAGUUGUAGACCAGAUAGCCACAGAAAGAGAGCUUCCAUAAGCAGAUAAUGAAAAGUAUUCAAGUCUUUCUAGGAAGCGGAGCAAGUCACAGGGCAGCGUGUGCCUUCUUUCAUGCAGACCGAAUUUCUCUUCAGGCUCAUCUUUGAGGUCUGACCACACAAGAAGGCCUACAAUUCAUUUAAACUCCACUCCAGUGGGUGGCAGUAAUGCGUAGGAUGUUUAGCUAGUGCUUCAUAUAAGGCUGAUGCAGAAGGAAAAUACACAACAGUAGAGUUGGUGCUUUGGCUUUUACUGCUUUGCUCUUAUAAAAUGUCAUUCAAAAGACAAGGGGACGACCAAAGUCAAUUGAACGUAUUGAAGAAACGGCGUGUCGCUGACCUCCUCGCUAAUUACAUUCCAGAAGAUGAAGCUACCUUGAUGAAGAAUGGAAGGUACACUUGUUUAGUGUGUUCCUACCGUCCAAUUUUUGAUACUGUUGACAUGCUGACAGUUCACCGGAAUGGCAAAAAGCACCUGGAAGGAUUGAAGUGGUUUUAUCGGAAGAAAACACGGUUGCAAACUGAAAUAGAAAAGCGUCAUCACCAGAUUUAUGUUUCGGAAGAGGAGGGACAACAGGAGGCUGCCAGUUCUGCCCCUCUUUUGAUCCAAACUAGAAAAAUUACCCAUCAUGCACUACUGAAUGCAACACCAUACAGCAGUUGUCACAAAAGAAGCAGCACCAAGACAGAUGAGGAAUCCAGCAGUGUUUCCUCCGAGUGCCAGCCUAUCCAGGAUACCAGCAGGCAUUCAUCACAUGAAAUGGAAGCUGCCGGCUCAAAUGCCAAGUCAUCCACAGCUUCUGAAGCUCAUCAGCAUGGGGAGAGCAGGAAAGAAGCAGAGAAGGGAGGGCCACAGCAAGAUGCCCCCCCUGAUGGAGAACCAAUGACAGAACAGCGCCGGAAAGAGCUUGAACACUACCUCAAACUUAAAAGCGACGGCUGGGUGCAGGACCGGAGUGGCCAGUGGAUUAAGGAUGAAAAUGUGGAGUUUGAUUCGGAUGAAGAUGAAGCGCCGUCCAACCCCCAUACGUGAAUGUUGUCCAUUCCCCCCUCCUCCCUCCUCCCUCCUCCCAUUCCCAUUCCCCCCUCCUCCCAUUCCUCCCUCCUUCCUCCCCCUCCUCCCUCAGAGCUUUGUAAAUAUUUGUUAAUACAGUUUUACAGAAUAUAGUUUGAUAAUAUC